AUGUCUUCGUUCGCCCCCAGAGAUUAUCCCAAGCUGAGUACGCUGCCGAUCAUAAGUCUCGCACCGUAUCUCAGCCCGCACGAUGGGAAGGGACGUAUCUCCACGGCGGCAGCUCUGCACGCUGCAUGUCUGCAAUACGGCUUCUUUUACCUCGAUAUCUCCGCAUACGUCAGUCCCGAAGAGCCAGAGGAGCUCACCAGGCUAGCCCAGGAGUUCUUCAUGCUACCACAGAAGGAGAAGGAGAAGAUCGCGUUGAAGUACCAAGAUGGGGCGCGAGGAUAUGCGAGGCUUGCGGAGAAUGUGACGAAUGGAAAAGCGGACAACCAUGAAGGGAUCGAUUUAUUACGACCCGUCGAGCAUCCCGACAAGACGAGACCGCUGUGGGGCGAGAACCAGUGGCCAUCUAUUCCUGGUUUCAGAGAGAAAUACGAAGUGUGGAUCGAGAAGAUGAAGCACCUCGGGUUGAUUGUCAUGCAGGCAAUGGCAGACGGCUUGGGCCUGACAGCCGAAGAGUGGGCUGAGUUGAGGUCUCAGGUGGACGAUUCAUUUUAUGUUAUGCGCAUAAUAGGAUAUCCCCCACUUCCGACUAAUUACGAUGGAUUCUCCUGCGGGGCACAUAAAGACUAUGGAUGCCUGACAUUUCUUUACGCGGAUCCCACCCGCGGCGCCCUGCAGGUAUAUCUGAGACAAAAAGGUUUGCUCAUCAAAGAGUCCAACAAUAUUCGUGCAGAAGAGCACAUCGAGGACGGGAUGUGGAUCAAUGCCGAUCCUAUGCCCGGCUGCAUGGUAUGCAACUUAGGUGAAAUGUGGGAGGUCUGGAGCAACGGGCUGUACAAGAGCACCUUGCAUCGAGUCCUGCACACAAGUCCAAAUUAUCGCGUAUCUAUUCCGUUCUUUUUCGAACCCAACUUUGACGCGGUGGUCAAACCGCUCCCGGCGGCACUGCGCCUACAGGAGGGCACCAGCACUCCCGCCAGUGCGCAAAAGGCGCGCGCAAAUGUACAGAAGAUCUACGAACCGGUUGUAUAUGGAGAUUUCUUGAAGAGAAAGGUCGAGAACAACUUCACGACGAGCGUACAGGAUGGGGACGAGGAUUAG